AACCACGUCACGAAAGCCAGCAAAUUGCUCCUGGUUGACCUCGCAACCGUGGAUAAAACGCAGCUCCAUGGGUUCGUGACGAACGCGCAUACGUGCUCACAGUGCCUGAACAAGGCGAGUCAAAUCUUCACGAGCCGCCGGACGAACAGGAGAAAAUGCGACGGUAAGGGUAUGGAGUGGAGGCCAAUUGACUUGACCAGUCGGCAAAGAGAGGUUACCGCUUUCAUCUGGCUCAUUUCGUGCCAUACACGGACUGAUCAACCCAAAUGGUUGGAUUUCCGGCAGCGAAUGGGUUUCAACCCUGAUAGAAACGUCAGGGAUCCUUCCGUCCAUUGAAGCAUAUGUAUGAGAUUCACGAAGGCAUAGUCUAUUUGAUCUUGAACGACUUUAAUACGAGCAGUGUGGUUGACCACAAAGGAGAACCAACUGGUGCCACAGCGAGACAUAGGACGGGCACCCUUCCUUUCAUGGCGGUUGAUAUUCUCGAAAACCCAAACUCUCCGCAUUACUUCAAACAUGACAUUGAAAGUAUCUUUUACGUCGCUGUAUGGUGCACGGUGAAGCUCCCAAUCAGCGCAAAAAUGAAGACAUCCAUUUCAAGACGUAAACAAUGUCUCAAGAAUUGGGAAGAGGGAGGUGCUGCUGCAGUGGCUGACGCGAAGACACGGUUGGUAACCCGCGGUGUCCGAGCUCUUCGUUUCUCUGAGGAGUUUGCUCCAUACUCCAUGUGGCUUUGCGAAGUCGCCCGCAUCUUGAAGGACGGCCAGUCCGCAAUGGACGCGGUAAGUGAUAGGCGAAUUAUCUACGGCGACAAAGUUGAUGAAGACUUUGAUAUGGAGACGUCCGAUCAUUAUAUUACUUACGACAAAAUCAAGGUGGCAAUGGAUUCGGGAAUGAAGCAUGUAUCACGAGUCAUUCCUGAUGCCUUGACCUUGUCUUCAUGAUUUCUGUUCCGUCCUCUCUUUGUACGAUUUGCAGGUUUACUAUCACUAUGAUGUCUUGCAUACUGCAAUGCUGUUGCCUAUGUCCGUCGAGAUGUUAUCGGAGUUCCUUGUCCGACGUUGCUCGUCCGCAUUCUCAAAAGCGGUACAAAUGAAAUGAAUUGCCGGA